CGGGCAAAAUGCCAAAAAAAAAAACAAAAAAUGCCACAUCAAUUAACAACCCUCAAUAGCAAAAUGAUUCCAAUGACCAGCCUGAUGUGGCACUGCGAUGGCAGGUGUUGAUCGAUACAAAAAUGCAACUGGGCAUCUGGCAUCUGGCCCAGUGAUCGGUUGGGGUUGCGUAAGAGGCAUCGAUAGGUGUGCCCCGACGCGUCGCAACAAUCGUUUCGAGAUUCUUUGCGCAAGCGAGGCCUAAACUUGAACCAUAAGAUGAUAGUGCGGGAGCUCUGAUUGUACCUCUGUUAUCAGCAGCCCACUCGGAAGCAUUGGAUUGAACUUGAGGUAGCCAAAAAAAUGGGUUAUCAAUGUCCAGAGCCCAGAGCUAGAACCAUGAUAGAUCGAUCGUUAAGUUCUGAGUGAGAUUUUUGCCUGAGGUUCAGUAUUCCAUCGGUCGCAGAACGUGAAGGAAAUCACCACCAGCCAGAAAAAGCAAGCAAGACAAUGUCGAGGCAAAUGUGGUCACUGCUGGCCUUCUUCCUGUGUAUAGGAGUGCUUGAGAGCCUGGCUCUGCUCGACCACGAGACAGAAAGCAUUGAGAAGUGCAUUAAGAACUACGGAGGCCUUACCUCUGAGACUGCUGAGCGUCUGGAACGGUUCAAGGAGUGGUCGGAUGGCUAUGAGGAAAUACCCUGCUUCACGCAGUGCUACCUCGCCGAGAUGUUUGAGUUCUACGACAAUCGCACGGGCUUCGAUGAGAGCGGCAUUGUGCAGCUCUUCGGACAGCCCGUCUACAACGCCUGUCGCCAGAGAUUAGAGCUGGGCGGGGGUCGCACCCAGAGCAGCUGUGAGCAUGCCUACGCGGGCUUUCACUGCAUCACCAACCUGGAGGGGCAUCCAUUCAUGCAGAUCGAGAGCAUGCCCAACAUCACGGAGUCCGCCAAGACCGCCAUGAAGGAUUGCCUGCAGUUAGUGGACCGAGACGAGUGGAGCCGCUUCCAGGCGUAUCCCGAAUUCCCCGUAAACGAGCCCAUUCCCUGUUUCACGCGCUGCUUCAUAUCGAAGCUGCAUCUGUUUGACGAGCGCACCCGCCGCUGGCAGCUCCCGAUAAUGCGGCGACACUUGGGUGUCCCAGUGCCGGGCGCCCAUGUGUCCGCGUGCCAUCAGAGGCGUGGCAGGAAUCAGUGUUCCAGCAUUUACCAGCAGUUCACGUGCUAUGUCAUGGCCGCUUAGAUCGGCCAUCUCUAUUAUAAAUGAACAUAAUCCAUGUCUUCUAAUACAAGUGACUUUAUAGUUACGCUA